UUAGAUCACGAGCGGCAACCGAGUUCGAGGGAGAUCUUUCACCGCUAUCGAACGAUCGAUCUUGCCGCGCGAUAAAUAUUGCUAUCGACACAAAUUGCCAACUAUCGAGAACGCUAUUUAAUUUAUCGAUACACCGCCGUUCGAUCGGCUGACCGCGGCCGAACGUUAAUUAACGUCGAAACGUUAUUGCGAAUCGAGUUAGGUCCAGGCGAAAAGUGUCUACUCACACGGUACGAUCGCUCUCCCGUGAUAACGAUACAAUAACAAUGAUAACGUAUGAAUUGCGCGAACAACAUUUUCGCUCUUUCUGCUACUCAUUCCGUCGGAGGUAUCGCGUCGAAGGCACCAAUGAAAUACUCCUUCAUGAUCGAUCGAUUCAUUCCGUCAUUCUACCGACCACGUGUUUCGAUGCCCGAGUCAUUCAACCCUUGAAACGAUCCGUCUUCCGGGAAUACUUCUCAGCGAAUCGAUCGAUGGGCGUUGUACCUCUAGCGAUCGCGCUGGCGGUGUCUUUCAUGUCGGCGAUCACGUUGCUCGGAAUCAGCGCGGAAAAUUACGCCCACGGUACGCAAGUCACGCUGCUGUACUUGGGCGGAAUCAUCGGUACACCGAUCGCCCUCUACCUCUACCUUCCGGUUUUCUACAAGCUCAAGGCAACGAGCGUCUACGAGUAUUUAGAAAAACGUUUCGGGAUGAAGGCUCGUCUAGUGGCUAGCGGAGCUAAUUUCCUUCAGCUGAUGAUGUACACCGGCGUGGUGUUAUUCGCGCCCUCGUUAGCCCUCGAAGCAACGACCGGUCUGUCAGGGACCACGAGCGUGUUGCUGAUCGGGGUGAUUUGUACCUUUUACUCGACCGUAGGUGGCAUCAAGGCUGUCCUGAUCACCGACGUCUUUCAGGGACUGUUGAUGUUCGCCGGAAUCGCUUGUGUCCUAGGGAUCGCGGCUACCGAUCUCGACGAAGGCUUGUCCGAUGUGUGGAGCAUCGCUAAACAGGGUGGACGAUUGAAUUUUUUCGAUUUCAGAUUUGAUCCAACGAUACGGCACACUUGGUGGUCCCUUCUGAUCGGUAGCACCACCAUCUAUGUCUCCUUGUACGCUGUGAAUCAGGUUCAGGUGCAACGUUUGCUCACCGCCAGGAGCUUUAAGGAUUCGCAGAACGCGUUAUUGCUGAGUGGUCCCGUCACCUUAUCACUGGGACUGCUGACGUCCUACUCGGGUUUGGUCCUGUACAUGAUCUACAAGGACUGCGAUCCCGUCACAUCCGGCAAGAUCUCAAGCUUCGACAAAAUAAUGCCCUUCUUCGCUGCAGAACGGAUGUCACGGGUUCCGGGUAUCACUGGACUCUUCAUCUCCGGAAUCUUCAGCGCUAGCCUAAGUACCAUUUCCGCCACGUUGAACGCUUUGGCCGCGAUGGCAUUGGAAGACUACGUGAAACCUUUAUGCCGGGCGACCGGUGUGCAAUUUCCAAACGAGAAAGCUACUCUGAUCGGUAAAUUAUUAGGUAUAUUCAACGGCUUGGUUUGCAUGGCUGUCGCGUUCAUGGCUAAAUCCAUGGGCACCCUGGUCGAAACAGCAAUAGGGAUCUCCGGGGCCAUUAUCGGACCUAUUCUCGGAAUUUUCACGCUGGGAAUGUUCGUCGAAAGCGCGAACGAGACCGGCGCUGUUGUCGGAACGAUCUCUGCUCUGAUCACCUGCCUCUGGGCAGCGUUUGGCAAACCGAAACCGGAGGCACCCUUUCUUCCGUUGUCCGUCGACGGCUGUGAGAACUCCACAGCGUUGCUUCGUUAUCGAAACGCCACGCAACUUAACGGUAGCACCGAGACACCGCCAGAAGAUCCUUCUUACUUCUACUUGUAUCGUAUUUCCUACAUGUGGUACAGUCCCAUGGGAUUAACCAUCACGCUGCUCGUGGGCUACCUAACCAGCUUGCUCGCGAAGAGGAUAUGUCAGAAGGACACUCGUGAACCGGAUCCCAAUUUGUUCACGCCUCUCGUGGCGUCCAGGAUUAAACGGCGAAGAGAGGACGCUGAGAAAACUAGAAGCAGUCAGGUGUUCGUGUUGGAGAACAGAAGGUGAAACGAAGAUGGAUUAAGUCGACCAUGGUAUCGACACGAAUGGAAAGAGGUGAACGAGAUCAGAGUGGAGCGUUUUCAAGUUGAUCGAACAAUCAUAAAUUGUAAUUUUGCACCCUAUUUUGCAAUUAUUCGAUAAAAAUUUCAGCGAUAUUAAAAUGAUGUAGAAUUCUCUAAAAACUUCAACAGAGCUCGCCGGUGAACGUAAAUAAAUUCGUGUUUAAGCGAAAUUGAAAUGUGGUCCCACGAAAUUUAUGCAACAGUAGGGUGCUCGUUAUAAGAGGAUUUGCAACAACGAUCGCUGCAACUUCGUGGUUUACCAGAUAUGUACCUGGAAACAUAAGCACCAACUUUCACGAACAAGUUUGACCAGGUUUGGGAACCUCUGCUGAAUAACACGUGUUCAACCCGUUCGUGUUGGAAAUAGUAAUCUCUCUAUAAAGAAAAUAAUCCAGUAUAAUUCUUCUAAUAAGGCUCAUUAAUAAAGUAAACACAGGUCGAUCGAGUGUCACGUUUA